GGGCAGGCUCGGCGAGGCCAUGUGAUGCUGGGCGAGAAAGCCGCCGCCGCCACCGGAGCCUCCUUCUUUCCUCCCUCUGAUUCUGGGCUGUCAUGGCGACCCCCAACAACCUGACCCCCACCAACUGCAGCUGGUGGCCCAUCUCGGCGCUGGAGAGCGAUGCGGCCAAGCCCGCGGAGGCCCCCGACGCACCCGAGGCGGCCAGCCCCGCCCAUUGGCCCAAGGAGAGCCUGGUUCUGUACCACUGGACCCAGUCCUUCAGCUCGCAGAAGGUGCGGCUGGUGAUCGCCGAGAAGGGCCUGGCCUGCGAGGAGCGGGACGUGAGCCUGCCCCAGAGCGAGCACAAGGAGCCAUGGUUCAUGCGGCUCAACCUGGGCGAGGAGGUGCCCGUCAUCAUCCACCGCGACAACAUCAUCAGUGACUACGACCAGAUCAUCGACUACGUGGAGCGCACCUUCACAGGAGAGCAUGUGGUGGCCCUGAUGCCCGAGGCAGGCAGCCCGCAGCACGCACGGGUGCUGCAGUACCGCGAGCUGCUGGACGCGCUGCCCAUGGACGCCUACACACACGGCUGCAUCCUGCACCCCGAGCUCACCACCGACUCCAUGAUCCCCAAGUACGCCACGGCUGAGAUCCGCAGACAUUUAGCCAACGCCACCACAGACCUCAUGAAAUUGGACCAUGAAGAGGAACCCCAGCUCUCCGAGCCCUACCUUUCCAAACAGAAGAAGCUCAUGGCCAAGAUCUUGGAGCACGAUGACGUGAGCUACUUGAAGAAGAUCCUAGGGGAGCUGGCCAUGGUGCUGGACCAGAUCGAGGCAGAGCUGGAGAAGAGGAAGCUCGAGAAUGAGGGGCAGAAGUGCGAGCUGUGGCUCUGCGGCUGUGCCUUCACCCUCGCCGACGUCCUCCUGGGAGCCACCCUGCACCGCCUCAAGUUCCUGGGACUGUCCAAGAAAUACUGGGAGGACGGCAGCCGGCCCAACCUGCAGUCCUUCUUUGAGAGGGUCCAGAGACGCUUUGCCUUCCGAAAAGUCCUCGGCGACAUCCACACCACCCUGCUGUCGGCCGUCAUCCCCAACGCGUUCCGGCUGGUCAAGCGGAAACCACCGUCUUUCUUCGGGGCGUCCUUCCUCAUGGGCUCCCUGGGUGGGAUGGGCUACUUUGCCUACUGGUACCUCAAGAAAAAAUACAUCUAGAGCCGGGCCCAGGGCUUGGCUGACUGUCGGUGUCUCUGUGCUGUGUGAUUCCCAAGAGCUCUCGGUAACUCGCCGUGUUGUGAACACCUGGACAGCCCCCCACCCCUCGUGCCGAGCCAUCCUGUCGUCAGUGUGAAACAUUCCAUAGUGUAGAAGUAGACGUUGUCAAUGCCGUGAGGCCACGGCCCGACUGAAGGACAGAAAGAGAAGGUGAGAGAGAGAGGACGAGCGAAACACGAAUGCCUUUUCUUUUGAUUCAAGGUCUCCAGAUGGAACUGUGGGGACUGGUUAGGAUCUGAGGUGAGUCCCAGGCAGCUUCAUCCACCAGGGCCCAGAUUCUGGAGGUGCUGGGGGCUCAGGGGCCUGACCCCCUGCCUCCCCUUCCCUCUUGCCCAGGGAACUCUUCCACAGGACAAAGCCAACAUCAAGACUCGACUCUUCUCACUGGUACCUCCAGAUGGGACUGGAGAACCAGACCCCGAAGACUAGAAGGGGCUUCAUUCUUCUCCUGGACAUGAACUGAGACAGCACUGGCUUGAGCCAUGGCAGUGGCACCCUGAACCAGGCCAUGGUUGGGACUGACACCACGAGCACCGUCACUCCCCUCCCGAUUUGGCCAGUAUGUUUGGUUCGGCAUUUUCACAGAAAUCCCUGGAGGCAGCCUCCAUCACCCUUUUUCCCCCUUGAGUUGAGUCUGCCCACCCUGUGGGGUGGAGCUUUCAGUACGAGCCAUGUGACUUUCUCUCCGAAGGUCAGACUGUCCACGUGCAGGGGUGGGCCGGAGGUGGACGAGCCUCGGGUUCCUCUCCCAACCUCUGCCCAUAAUGCCCACUGCCCAUCGCUCCUGGGCUCUCCCAUGCUGCACUGUACCACGCAGGGGCGUGGGGGCUCCUCAUCCACGCUGCCCACCUGGUCGGGUCUCACUUUCCUGUGCCUUUUGCAUGUUGGGAAAGGGUCUGGGUGUCACUGCCGCUCACGCUGAGGAACCACUGAAAGCCCCCAAUAAAGCACCCGGGAGGAGUAGUCGCUCUUUAUUUCUACACUUGUGUUGUCCGCCCAGCUCUCAUCUCAGAAAGCUGGGGUUAGAGGGGAAGAGAUGCAAGGGUCCCGACUUAGUUUUUUGCAAGAGCUAGGAAGAGUGGACGCUAGGUCUCAAGUUGUUGGGUCUGGGCUGGCUUCAGGGCACUUUCCAAGGCUUUGCCCUGACAUACUCAACCCCACUUGGGCACAGUUCUUU